AUGAAAAGUGUAAGAGUCAGAACUGCUUCUGCUAGAAAACCGGCAAAGAAAAAAGCAAGCAGGCGUGAAGAGCUUAGUCAUGAGCAUACUAAGGAUAUAAAAGAAGCUUUUGAUUUAUUCGAUAUUUCAGGUGCUGGCACAAUUGAAGGAAAAGAGCUUAGAGUUGCUUUACGGGCUUUAGGAUUUGACCCAUCUAAAGAAGAAAUAGAGCAGCUAGUAGGAACUGCAACGCAAACUGGAAGGAUUGAUUUUCAUGAGUUUCUUGACAUUAUAAUCAAUAAAGUAAGCGAGCCAGAUACCCCAGAAGACAUUGAGCGAGCUUUUGCAAUGCUUGAUUUAGACAGCAAUGGAGUCAUUACAAAAGAAAGUUUACAAAAAGUUAUAAGUGAGCUUGAAGAAGACACAUAUAUUAAAUGGAGUUGUGAAACAAGCCACCCACCAUCUAAAAAUCUGUAACUGACACCCUACGGGUGUGCAGGGACAUUGAGGAAAGGAGGAUGGGGUCAGAAAUGUGUAUCCGGCCAGAUCUUUCUUGGUUUGGCGAAGCGCAAUGUCGAGUUAGGUGACCGCAUGCUUUAAUCCAAUGCCAAAGGUUUGCAUCAAAGGGAAUGAAGCCAAGAGUUGGAAAGGAAUCUUCCAGCAGUGCCAGAGAUAUAUUUCUUGGCCAAUUGGCUCUACUUAGUGUGAAACCGAAAUUACAACCUGGGCUUCAGAUUUCCAUUUUGGCCGAGAGUUGACCAUAAAUUUUACAUUUUGAAUUUUCCAUGAUGGACAACCUUUACUGACGUACGCCAUGGUAGCGACUCAACUACCGGUAGAAAGUGUAGGCCCAGGUCCAGUAGGAGCAUCCUUCGUAAGGUCGUGUGCAAACUAGCGAACAGGCGGAAGUGAAGAUAGUCCUUCAGGAAUUGCAGCGGACUUUUUUAUAAGUAAUAUAACGAUAAGUGCUUGGAGAAGACAUGAGUGAAGAAGAAAUCGAAAAAAUGAUAAGAGUAGCCCAGAAAGGAUCAAAAGGAUCCAAAGAAAAACGCAAGCUUGAAGUUUUAUGUUAUGUUAUGAUGUGAUAAGUAUUUAAAGUCCCUACUUCGAUCUCCACGACGUUCUACGGGUUUACCCUGUAGGGUGGCUGAGGCGUUGCCGCUUCAAGCCCGGGCCGAAACCCAGGUUUCUCGGUAGAGGUGAUGGUCAAGGGACAGAUCAUACUGUCUUCGCUGACCGCCUCCAUUUCCAACCUGACUUGCCGCCCUAAUUAUAAGCCAACUCUGUCUGUGUGAUCGCCAGAUCCGCUCAAAAGAGAGCGCCUUUUCAACUGGAGAGACCCCGAAUUAGGAGUCUAGCUUGCUUUCCCUCUUUUCCGGUCAUCCCAAGAAAGAACUCAACAGCUUUCGCCAUUCGGGGCAAAUCACAAUAGCAGCUUAGGCAAAUAUGUUGACCUGCCUCACUUCGGGCACCCACUGGGCUGGGCGCUGCUGGCAAAAAGAAGUCACAAAUAACUGCCCAAGGGUCUGGUCGCGAAAACAGCGUUCUCCACGCUUAGACCUCUCGCUUCGAGGUCCCAAACAUAGCUGAGCAAAUUCCCCGGCUUCAAAAACCAUGCCCGGAUAUACACGGGUAACUGUCUCUCGAGAGGACGGGUCUGACGUCACCGCCAUUUUAUGUAUAUAAACUUGAAGUGACUUUUAAUGAAUUUUUGGGAAUUAUGAAUAAAGCUGAUAAUUAA